AUGACUAAAGAGAAACCUGUCAAGUCAAAGACAAAACUUGUCUCAUACUCGGGACACAGCAUCAAGGUGAUUGGGAAAAACACCGUGCCGCUUGAACACAAAGGGAAGUUCUAUCCUGUGGAAUUUCAAAUAGCCGAGAAGAGUGAUGUUGUUCCGGUUCUCGGUUUACAGACAUGCCUUGAACUUAAUCUUAUUAAACGAGUAUUCGCUGUAAAUGAUACAUCUGUGGAGACAGGUACUUCAAAUCUGUCAACACAGCAAACCAGUGAAGAAAUAAUUAAAGAAUACGAUGAUGUAUUUCAGGGAUUAUGGUACCUGGAAGGCGAAUAUCACAUCAAAACGAAUCCAAACGUUACACCAGUUGUCCACGCGCCAAGGAAAGUUCCGUAUGCGAUCCGUGAUAAACUGAAAACUGAACUUGAUCGAAUGGACAAUCUCGGGGUAAUUGAAAAGGUUGUUGAACCGACAGAAUGGGUCAAUUCAUUGGUCGUGGUUGAGAAGAACAAUGGGAAAGUACGAGUGUGCCUCGAUCCAAGAGAUUUAAACAAAGCUGUUCUGAGAGAACACUAUCCCAUGAAGACAAUCGAGGAAGUUGCUGCAGAGUUGAAUGGAGCGAAGGUGUUUAGCAACCUGGCAGAAUCCUGACAAUGCGUCAAUUGUAAAUUAGAUAACUUUGAACUCACCAAUCGGAAGAUAUAAGUUUUUAAGACUUCCGUUUGGUAUUAAUUCUGCUCCAGAGGUCUUCCAACGGCGAAUGACGCAAGCAUUGGACGACAUGGAAGGAGUGGCUGUUAUUGUGGACGACAUCUUGGUGUGGGGUACAACAGUUGAAGAACACAACAGAAGGUUACAAAACGCACUCCAACGAGCACGUGAACUAAACCUCAAGCUCAACAAAGAGAAAUCAAAGAUUCAGACGAGUGAACUAUCGUAUAUGGGACAUCUCUUAACCCGUGAUGGCGUUAAACCGGAUCCACAGAAAGUUAACGCCAUUAAAGAGAUCAAUACACCUGAAGACAAGAAAGAACUGCAGAGAUUUAUGGGGAUGGUAAAUUACAUGGCAAAGUUCAUCCCAAACCUUUCAAACGUCACUGUUCCAUUAAGAGAACUGUUGAAAAAGGACACUGCGUGACAUUGGGAAGAAAUACACCAAAACGCGUUUGAAGAAAUCAAGCGUAGAGUCACGGCAGAUAAGUUACUGCAGUACUAUGAUGUGUCAAAACCAGUGGUGCUAUCGGUAGACUCCUCAUCAUAAAGGCCUAGGGGCAUGCCUUCUCCAAGAAGAACGACCGGUAUCGUAUGCAUCGCGAUCUUUAAACAGCGCCGAGAAAAACUAUGCUCAGAUUGAAAAUGAACUUCUGGCAAUACUUUUUGGAUGCACCAAAUAUCAUCAAUAUAUAUACUCAAAGCCUGUUACCGUGGAAACAGACCACAAGCCCUUAGAGUACCUAUUCAAAAAGCCGCUAACAGCUGCACCGCCGAGACUAACGAAUGAUGCCGAGUUUACAGAAGUACGACCUCAAUUCAGUACAAACCCGGAAAAAGUUUGUAUAUCGCUGAUACACUUAGUCGAGCACCAUCGCCAGCUGUUGGUGAAUCUCAAGAUCAUUAUAUGGUACAUACGAUAGAAAAUCUCCCGAUCAGCAACGAGAAAAUACAAGAAUUUCAGCGAGCAACCAACAACGAUCUCACGUUACAAACCCUGCAACACACCAUACAGGAGGGAUGGUAUAAUCACAAAUCAAGUUUUAACCAAAGUAUCAGAGAAAACUGGACAAUUCGUGACACAAUUUGCGAGCUCCGAGUUUCAGACGUACACCACCAGAAACAACAUCCGUCAUACCACGUCAUCUCCAAUAUAUCCACAGUCGAAUGACUUGGCUGAACGAACCGUACAAACUGCAAAUAAAAAACUCCUGAAAAAAGCCAGGUACGAGAAAAACGACCCUAGCAUGGCAUUGCUCGACCUUCGAAAUGCCCAAAUUGAAGGAAUUAACUUGUCUCCAGCACAGAUGUUGAUGGGAAGCAGAACAAAAGCUCGUUUACCAAUGUCUCCCAAGCUACUAGAACCUACGUACGACGCGACAGAUAUUAAGAAACACUUUCAACAACGACAACAGAAAUCCAAAAGAUACUACGACCGUGGCACAAAGGAACUUCACCCACUUAACCAAGGAGAACCAGUGAUAAUGUAUGACGAAGCUACGAAACAAUGGAAACCAGCAGUGGUAUGUAACCGAGCAGAGCAACCUAGAUCAUAUACCAUCGAGACAGAAACAGGGCAGAGGUACCGAAGAAACAGAAGAGACAUCAUGGAACAACCAGGAAAACAAACACAUAUACAGCAACAAGAACAGCCUGCUGCCGCUGACCAACCGAGAAACGAAAUCGAUUAUGACACAGAACAACAUGACAAGGCAGCAACGGUUGACCCAAUAAAAACAGUUACCCGUUCAGGAAGAACCGUCAAGAUGCCUGGGGCCGGUUGUAUAAAACUCUUAAUCACUUUUUUAAUCACUAUUUUGUACUUAAAUCGUGAUUAACUCUCAAAUAGGCGCUUCUUAUUGGAUGACGUUUGCACUUAACCAUAGUUAACUUUAAUCACAUUUUUAUACAACCGGCCCCAGAACGAUAUGGAUUCGAAGGGUAGCAAUAACGAACAGUUAAUAACUGGAUUUAUAACUAUACAUUGAAUUUUUCAUAUACUUGUUUUGUUACUUUGUUUUGUUGAAAGGGAGAUGUCAUGAUUAUUAGAUCAUGUAUAAUAUUGCAUGUCCGGAAUAUACACUUGACGCAUAUACCGCGUACUGGGACUGAUGACGAUAUAGUGCGUGAUAGUAUAAGAUAUUUAGAACGGUACUGAAUUACGUACUGAUUGUAGGUUAUAUAUAGGUCUGACGAAUAA